UCUCUACGUCCGUCUACUUGGAAGAGCAAUUCAAGGAAUACGUCCAGAUAUGUGAGCGUCCCGGUUUAGCGUCGGCUGGCUGAAGACAGAUUGAGGAAGUGGACCGGUGCGGAGGUAUCGGUGUGGACGUAUCGAUAUCGGGAGCAGAUCUGAGGUAACUUCGUAGGCUACCCGUUGCAUCGCGACGUGACCACGGGGGAUGCAUUGAGUCGUCAAAGGCACCCAAGGUCUCGACUAAAACACCGUGGACUACUUUAUUGUUACUUUGGAUUUGUUAUUUACUUCCCUAAUCGGGAAAUCAUCGGUGCAGUGAGAAUGCAGCCGCCGGCGACCCUGCAGAUCCCCCUGCAGACCCCCCUGCAGACCACGCAGCAGACCACCCAGCAGACUCUCCAGCAGACCCUCCAGACGACCCCCCAGCAGCCGAACAGCGACGACCAGGACCCGGCAGAAUGCUUUAACAAGCGGAGGCUGAGGGUUCACCAACUCACCGGCGUCCUGUUCGCCCUCUCCCUGGUGGUGUUGGUGGUAGGUCUGGUCUGCGCCACACUCACCGAAAACGUAGCGGUAUCCGGCUACUACUCCGGAGUCAUAUUGACUUUUGGAGCGUUCCUAGGCCUCGUUGGGAUGCACCUCCAGGAGAACAGACGGCACAUGUUGAUAGCCGCUAUAAUCUUCAUCAGUCUCGGAGUCAUUGCUGCCUUCUUCUGUGCCAUUUUCGACGGGGUGAUCGCUGGCGAGUGGAUAGACAUUCAGCCGCUGCUGGACGGCAGCUGUGACUUCUACUCAAGUACCCUGGGAUACGGCUACGACACCUACUACACACAGGUACUAUGUCCCUCGCAACAAGAAACAGGAUGCAAGCUGAAAGUCAGGCACAACAGCUGUUACUGCUGCUACAAAUGUGAUAGCUAUUUAGACCAGUACCAUAUUUUCGAGGGGGUGAACAGCUGCUGGGAUGUGGUCCACCUCCACCGGCUGCUCUGGACCUCUGUGUGCCUCAACAUCCUUGCUGUCAGCCUGGGUAUCAUCACCGCCGCACUGCUUGGAGCCUACAAGGACCUGCCCAAGCCGUCCCUCCAUGUGACUCCACCCCCGGCACCCCUCCCCCACUUCCUCUACAACCCCACCCAGCACAUGAUGACCUACCCGAUGCAGCCCUACCUGACCCAGCCGGUGAUGCACACCCCACAGUACCACCCUGAGGGGCAGCACCACGCCUCCGACCAGCCCCGGGUGCCUCACCCCCCCACCCAGCCUAACCAGGAGGAGGGGGGGCACCCUGACCUCUACACCCUCACCCCUGACGCCCCUGUGCUCUACGCCGCGGCCUACACCCCCUUCGUGAAGCCCCCGCCUUACGCCUACUAGCGACCUCCUGACUACCUACCUUCAUGGCCACGCCUCCCAUCCUCACAGGACGUAGCGUCCCGUCCUCCUGGACGUAGCGUCCUGUCCUCCUGGACGUAGCGUCCUGUCUUUAUAGGACGUAGCGUCCUUCCUUUAUAGGACGUAGCGUCCUGUCUUUAUGGGACGUAGCGUCCUGUCUUUAUGGGACGUAGCGUCCUUCCUUUAUAGGACGUAGCGUCCUGUCUUUAUAGGACGUAGCGUCCUUCCUUUAUAGGGCGUAGCGUCCUGUCUUUAUGGGACGUAGCGUCCUUCCUUUAUAGGACGUAGCGUCCUGUCUUUACAGGAUAUAGCGUCCUUCCUUUAUAGGGUGUAGCGUCCUGUCUUUAUGGGACGAAGCAUUCUUUAUUUAUAGGACGUAGCGUCCUGUCUUUAUAGGACGUAGCGUCCUUUCUUUAUGGGACGUAGCGUCCUGUCUUUAUGGGACGUAGCAUUCUUUAUUUAUAGGACGUAGCGUCCUGUCUUUAUAGGACAUAGCGUCCUGUCUUUAUAGGACGUAGCGUCCUUCCUUUAUAGGACGUAGCGUCCUGUCUUUAUGGGACGUAGCGUCCUGUCUUUAUGGGACGUAGCGUCUUGUCUUUAUGGGACGUAGCGUCCUGUCUUUAUGGGACGUAGAUUCCUUCCUUUAUAGGGCGUAGCGUCCCGUCCUCAUUGGAUGAGGCGUCUCCCUCACCAUAACCUUACCCUAACCAAACCUCCGCUUAUCCUAACUAACCUUAACCAAACCUACUAGUACCUUUAUCUAACCAUAAACCCCCCCCCCCCUACCUUAACCUAACCAUAACAAAGCCUCCCCUUACCAUAAGCUUACUGUAACCGAUCCCCCUGUUACCAUUACCUUACCCGAACAAAACUUCCCCUUACUGUUAACUAACCUUAAUCAAACCUUCCUUUACUAUAACCUUACCAUUACCAAACCGGCCCUUAUGGUUACAUAACCUUAAUUAAACCAUACCAUAACCAUACCUUAACCACACCACCCUUUACUGCUAACUAACCAUAACCAAAUCCUACCUUAUCAUAUGCUUACCCUAACCAAACCUCCUCUUAGCUUAACUUACGUUAACCAAACAUACCCGACCCUUUAUCUAACCUUAACCAAGCUUUGUCUUACCAUAAGCUUACCUUAAUCAAACCUUCUCUCACCAUAACCAAACCUUCCAAUACCAUAACCUUACCUUAAAUAAUUAUCCCCUUACCAUACCCUUACCCUAAACAAUCGUCCCCUCAGCAUAACAUUACCUUAACUUAACAUCCUCUGACCAUAACCUUACUUUCCUUGACAAUAACCUUAACCGGAACCAAACCUUCUUUCAACAUUGCCUAACCUUCAAAAACCUGUUACUGUUACCAAACCAUAACUUCCCUUUAUCAUUUCCUCACCUUCAAACCUUCCCUUAUCAUAAAUUCACAUUUAUUGACUGAUAUUACAUUUGUUAUUAUUUAUUAUUAAAGUGAUGGACAAUAUAAAUCCAUAAUUCAAUUAAGAUUAUGUUAUUGAGGGUGAUUGUGAUUAAGUGAAUGCAUUUAGUAUCAGAAAAUGAUGUUCCAUUAAAUCCAUUGCAAGGUCACAUACAUAUAGUAAAUGUUCCUUCUAUUCCUUCAAGCUGAUAAUAAGGUUGUAGUCUAUUUAACAUCCUGGCUAAUAAGAAAAGCCAGUGAAUAAUUGCAUGCACUCACGCUGAUAUUUCAGCUAAAUGAAGCAUGGUAUUUUUGACUUUGAGGAAGUUCAAACUACUCACAACAGAGAAGGGGGUGGGGGGGGGGGGGUAUUAAGACACACCCUUACAAUCCUGAGUCAUUCGAAGAAUGAGUAAAUUAGUUUACGUUGAGUAUCAAUACACUUUUUGACAUUUUCUUGACGAGGUAUUUUGUAGCUGUGAAGUGGGUAAAUCCCUCUGCGAUAUCUUAUGCUAUUUAUACAUACAUAAUAUAGUUACAUAUGCGUUUUUAGAUCCUGUUGUCCUACUUUAAUGUGACCUAACUCUUGAUGGCUGAUCUGAUCUCUAUCCUGAGUUGACAUAACAAGUGUUUGUUGGUGUCUGCACCCAUGUUCUGUCUAUUCUAAUAUGAUUUAUAUACAAAGGGCUUCCUAAAAACUGUACACACUUACGUUAGCAUACACGCUUAUGUUUAAACAAUAUUAAAAAUAACGUUUGACACACAGGGCUAUGAUGAACGAUCUAAACACAACACAUACCGAUAUUAAAAACAGUUUUACAUAGAUGUGUAUUUUCAACAAAAUUAUCAAAUGACACAGUCUCAAGUAACAAAUAAUAAAAUAAUCUACAUUGUUGACCAUUGAUGUUUGUGUUUGUGUUGAUAUAUUUAGACCUUGAAUAAAGGAAAUGUGUAUAAAGAA